AAUCAUUGUUUUCUGCUGGGUUUUACUGCAUAAUAUUGAUGCUUUUUUUAACCUAUUUGCAAAUAUGGACGGUGAUGCCAUUUUGAACUUACCGUGAUGGUCAGCGUUUCCAGUGCAGUGGUCAAGCUCACUUAUUUGGGGCGCAGUGGCCAUAAUCAAAGCUGCGUUUUCAAUGCUUUCUGUUCUGAAAUGUGGGAUAUUUUGGUCCUAAGCUGCUGCAAAACGCAAAUUUUCCUCGUCCAAAAAUUACUCCAAAAUAAUUUUUUUUUUUCUGUCCUACUCCUGUUUUAUGGAUUUUGUUUGUGUAACAGUGUUUCCAUUGCUUCUACUUCCAUUUUUUGCAGAAGUGGCCCGUAAGAAGGCUUCACAGAACGGAGCUGCAGUGUCCCUUGGUCGUCGAGCUUCAAACGGCCGCGAUGACUUUGAUCUUGCUUCUACAUCACACUCGGGUCAUCAAGCUUCGAACAUUCUCGAUGGGUCUGAUCUUGCUUCUACGUCCCACUUGGGUCGUCAUGCUUCGAACAGCCGCCAUGGGUCUGAUCUUGCUUCUACGUCGCACUCGGGUCGUCAUGCUUCGAACAGCCGCCAUGGGUCUGAUCUUGCUUCUGUGUCGCACUCUGCGGCACCCUCUCUGCCUCAGCACCCUGCUCCCGCCACUGUAGCUGUCCCCCCGAUGGAUCAACACAAUGCCCCCGCCCCUGCAGCAGCCCCCCCUAUGGAUCAACACAACGUUCCAGCCCCCCCUUUGGAUCAAGAGCCCGUUCCUGCCCCUGCAGCUGUCCCCCUUUUGGAUCGCCCCGCUCCCAUCCCUGUGGCAGCACCUCCUCUGGACCAACACCCUGCCCCACCAGCGGCUCUUCCUCAACGUCCUGUUUAUGGCGAAGCUGGAAAUCUUGCACACCAGCUGAAUGCAGCUGUCCAGGGUCCACUGCGACCACUCUAUGAAGUCAGGCAAGGGAAUAUUCAUCUGGGAGACGAUGUCUACCUCUCCGAAACAAAAAUGACGCACCUUUUGAAACUGCCAAGUGACCAGAGAUUCACUAAAGAUCUCAUGCGGUGCAUCUGGUCCAUCGAAGAGCUGCGGCAAAGAAGCGUGACAGGCCAAGCCAGCCGUCGCCUGGCCAAACUUGGAGCCGCAGCAAAGCAAGCACUCACACCAAGGAAGGUGGCCGCAGUAAAAAACGCCUUGAGCUACUACAUCAACCACCACCCAAACCCUGAGGCUGCCAACCCCCAAGAAGACCAUGCUGUCCGCCUGCGACAGAUUAACAAUACAAUGACGAACUUUCUUUCGGAUCUGGGCCGCCCUGCCAGGUGCCGCAGUGCAGAGUGAAUUUUUUCUGUAAAAGAAUGUUGAGUUGGGCAAGUUGGUUUAUCUUAGAUUAGAAAAGCGCCAGAAAACAAGGACAACAGCGCA